AUACUCGGGCGGCUCCAGCUUUCAAUAAACGGAUGGUCUUCCUAUGCUAUCCCUCGACGCCAAGGAAGCUGUCCAGGACCAUCGCGACCUUCUUAGCCGGCGCCACCCUCUUCUCCAUCGGUGCGCACCCGUCGUGCUUUAACGUCGCCCCUCAGCAAGCUCGCACCAAAGCCCGCAACGGUUUCGUCAAAGAGCAUUUCCGGAAGAAGUACGGCAAGUGAAUCCGCCGUUCAUCUAUCUCUGGCUUCAAGAAAAUCAAUGGCUCCUGUUCCUUCUUCGGCUCCGAUCGACGGCCCGCUUUUUUCUGAGGUCAAUAUGGGUUCGGACUCCUCUGCUCAAACGGUUCGAGUCACUGUCGUGCAAGCGUCCACUGUUUUCUACGACACCCCAGCCACUCUAGAUAAGGCAGAGAGACUGGUUGCAGAUGCUGCUGCAUAUGGGUCACAGUUGGUUUUGUUUCCAGAAGCAUUUAUUGGUGGUUAUCCCCGUGGCUGCACCUUCGGUGUUACAAUUGGUAGCCGUUCAGCCAAGGGAAAAGAAGAGUUCCGGAAGUAUCAUGCUUCAGCCAUUGAUGUGCCUGGUCCUGAAGUUGAUCGCUUGGCAGCCAUUGCUGGAAAACAUAAAGUUUAUUUAGUAAUUGGCGUGAUAGAGAGGGCAGGUUAUACACUUUAUUGUACGGUUCUCUUCUUUAAUUCUCAAGGCCAGUACAUGGGGAAGCAUCGCAAAAUCAUGCCGACAGCAUUGGAACGUAUAGUAUGGGGUUUUGGAGAUGGAUCGACUAUUCCCGUCUUUGAGACUCCAAUUGGAAAGAUAGGUGCUGUCAUUUGCUGGGAGAAUAGGAUGCCUCUUUUAAGAACAGCUGUAUAUGGGAAAGGCAUUGAGAUCUAUUGCGCACCUACGGCUGAUCCCUCGGACACAUGGCAUCCAUCGAUGAUCCACAUUGCCCUAGAGGGUGGAUGCUUUGUUCUGUCUGCGAAUCAGUUCUGCCGAAGGAAAGACUUUCCACCUGCACCAGAUUAUGUAUUCAUUGGUCCGGAGGAUGAAUACUCGCCAGACUCUGUUGUGUGCCCGGGAGGCAGUGUGAUUAUUUCACCAUCAGGAACUAUUUUGGCAGGACCCAAUCAUGAAGGAGAGGCCCUCAUCUCCGCUGAUCUCGAUCUUGGAGAGAUUGCACGGGCGAAGUUUGAUUUCGAUGUGGUUGGACACUACUCGAGGCCGGACAUUCUGAGCCUGACAGUGAAGGACGAUCCCUUGAAUCCGGUCACGUUCACCUCCGGAGCUAAAAUUGAAGGCUCUCAAAAACCAUAACAGCCUCUUUCAACAGGUUUGCAGUUCAAGAUCUUCCCUUCCAUCCCUUUGUAUGUCUUACUACUGUACUAAUAUUUGUGUGUGGAUGGAUUGAAACUCAGUUCCUGUGUACUAUAUCAGUCACCACCGAAACCGGGUCAUAUCGCCCCGCAUCAGGCCGUUUUGAGCUGAUGCAGGUCUGUACAGCUGUAUCUUUUAUGGACCUAACCGGUUCAGAUGAGGUGGUACCUACCAGAUUCAAACAAUGCUUGGGUGAUUUGAUGAAAGCUGUGCAUUUUGUGUGUUUCUCUCA